CCCGGCUGAGGCUGCGAUGUCGCCUAGAGUUCUGCUUCUCCUUCUGGGCAUAUGCAUGCUCCAGGCGAGUGUCGAAGGACCACAGGUUAAGUCAGAGAAAGGAGUUUCUGGAAACAGUGAUGGCUCCCACAGCCCCAAGUCACAGGAACCUGAAACAAAGCCAAUCACUGAAGGAACAAAGCCCCCUGCUACUGGCCGAAGAGCUACCAGCAUCUCAAAAGCCACCCACAUCCUGAACACCAUCCUGAGCAACUAUGACUACAGACUGCGCCCUGGCAUUGGUGGGAAGCCAACUGUGGUCACUGUGGAGUUCUCUGUCAAUAACAUCGGUCCGGUCUCCAUCGUGGACAUGGAAUACACCAUUGACAUCAUCUUCUACCAGACUUGGUAUGAUGAACGCCUCUGCUACAAUGACAGCACUGACAGCAUCAAGACCCUUGUUCUGCAGAGCAACAUGGUGAGCCAGCUGUGGAUCCCAGACACCUUUUUUUGGAAAUCUAAGAGGACUCAGGAGCACUCCAUCACCAUGCCAAACCAGAUGGUCCGCAUCCACAAGGAUGGCAAAGUGCUGUACACAAUUAGGAUGACCAUUGAUGCUGGAUGUACAUUCAAUAUGCAAAGAUUUCCAAUGGAUUCUCACUCUUGUCCUCUGUCUUUCUCUAGCUUUUCCUAUCCUACGAGUGAGGUGAUCUACAAGUGGGCAGAUUUUCAGCUUGUCAUGAAUGAGGACAACUCCUGGAAGCUCUUUCAGUUUGAUUUUAAGGGGAUGAGCAACAAAACGGAAAUGCUCUCCACCCCCGCUGGGGAUUUCGUCGUCUUGACGUCUUUCUUCAACAUCAGCAGGCGAUUUGGCUAUGUUGCCAUUCAACACUAUGUCCCUUCUUCUGUGACCACUAUGCUCUCCUGGGUUUCCUUUUGGAUCAAGAAAGACGCGGCAUCGGCUAGAACAUCGCUAGGGGUCACUUCUGUGCUUACCAUGACCACGCUGAGCACCUUUUCCCGGAAGAACUUCCCGCGGGUCUCCUAUAUCACAGCCUUGGACUGCUAUAUCACCACCUGCUUUGUCUUCUGCUUCUGUGCGCUGACGGAGUUUGCCAUGCUCAACUUCCUGACCUACACCCAGAUGAAAGCCCAUCCUUCUCCAAAACUUAGUCAGUACCGUCGCCGUGGCCGCGGACGUGCGGAAGCCAGUGUCCCAGCCCGGCUGCGUGCGCGACAGCUUCCGGAAACGUUUGUCUGCACCGUGGUCAACAUGGGAGAUAGUGAUGGUGAUGACGAUGACGAGCAGGAGGACCAGCCCGCCGACGUGGGGAGCGCCCCGCCCCCGCAGUUCCUCUGCAGCAUGUGGCGCCAGGGUUUCAAGAAGUACUUCUGCGUGAUCGCCAACUGCGAGGGUAGCACCUGGCAGCAGGGCCACCUCUGCAUCCACAUUGACCGCCUGGAUGACUACUCCCGGGUCGUGUUCCCGCUGGCCUUCUUCUUCUUCAACGUGCUCUAUUGGCUUGUUUGCAUUUACUCCUAGGUGCCAGCUGGUGCCCUGCGGGGCUGGGCCGCCUUCAGUUCCCCGGGAGGUCCUAAGCCCCCUGCCAAGGGAGUUGGGGGAAAGCUGCAGCAGCAGCCGGAGCAUCUAGACAGUUGCUUUCCAUCCUCUUUCCUCAAAUGCAGACCUACAGAGGAUUUGUCAUUGGUGGCCCUUUGCCCACUUGGCCCAUGCCCUGAAUUUCCAUGACAGUCCAGUUCAAGUCAGAUGGCCCACUUGCAUUCUUCAGGUGGCGUUUGUGAUGCUUAGGCUUGUCGGUGACCACCACCUGAUAAUUCUGAACAUCUGUACGUUGAUUAGCUCUUUCCAAAGAAUGUUAGCACCCACUGCCUUCUCGAGAAACCUACCACUGCCUUUGCGGUGCCCUGGAGCAUCAACCUCCAAGUGCAUCGAUCCCGUCUCCCUGCUCCCCUUCUCUUCUCCUGCAGAUAGACAGACAGUGGCCUUAGUCCUUUAGGAAGAGGAAGUCUCUUUGGGACAGGAUGUCUCCCUCUGCUGCUGUGAUUCCUCCCUCUCCCCACACUGCGCAUCCAUCUUUCAUCUGCACUACCAAUCCAAUGCCCUGCAUUCAAUGGGUAUCUAUUGUGUGUGUGAUGAUUGUAAUGGUCCCUACCUUGCGUGCCAGGUUCUUCCUCCCCUUGACCCUUGUGACCCUCUCUGUAACUUCCCCAGUGACUCUCCUGGGCCUUGGUGAUUUCCUGGGGCCAAGGAACUAAGGGAGCCUUGCCUGACAUGGAUUGUGCCCAUCUAAGGCACAGUGACGAAGUUCUGUCACGUCCUUGACCCCUGGAUCCAUGAAUCAAUUGGUCUACCUUUCACCCUGGGGCAAUCGCACAACCACAAUCAAGCAAGGGAACUCCCCAAAAUACAUAUGGCACUUUAUCUUUUGCAAAGCACUUUUCACAAAAUAGUUCUAUUUUGGAGAUUUAGCACAGCCUUGUAGUACAGUCAGGGCCGGUUUUGUAUCCCCAUUUUGCAGAUGAGAACCCAGAGGCACAGAUGUCUAUGGGAUGAUGGCUCUUAGCCCCCCUGUCUCCUAUACCAGGUCCAGGCAGCUCUGUUCAGUAUGAUCGACGCUCUCACCUCGGCUGCCACUCAGGUGACAGAGCCUUGAAGAGCAGCCUGUCCUCAGCAUUGGCCUAUUCAAUUCUUGGGCCCGCCAGGCUCACUCUGCCCACAAACCUCUCCUGGCUCUGGUAACCCAGUGAGAUGAAUUUGGACACAUGCCCCAAUGCUUGUACAUGCUAAAUAAAAUCUGUGUCUGUACUUUAUUGGGGUUGGGAGGGCAAGGGUGGGAUCCAUCUGCUUCUAUCACCAUCAGCUAUAAGGGGAAACA